AUGCCUCUCAUCAAUGGAAUAAAAAUGGCCUGCAAAGAUACCGAAUCACCAAAGCCUGAGAACGGUGAUAGCACAAGCAGCUCCACGCCCCAGAGCCCUGCUAGCAAAACACCAGGUGCUGGAUAUCGAGUACAGAAAACGAGUUCGAAGGGCGGAAGUUCUAGCAGAAGAGAAUCUGUUGACCCAUCGGCCUUUCAGCGUAUGGAUCCCAAGAUGCUCAAUAUUUUGCCCUCGUUCGAGGACAUAUCCCAGAAGCCGGUCGCGCCUCUUCCUGACAUGUCUACUUAUGGGAGUAUGGGUAUGACACCAGCAGACAGCCCUUUUGGACCCGUCAUGUAUCCAAUGUUCCAACCACAAAUACCACCCCCUAUGAUGAGCACAGGCACAUCAAAGGAGACCAUAGCUGGCCAGUCCGGUUCAAUAACGAGCACGCAAGUUCUAGAACAACCAAUUCAGUCUACACCAAAAGCCGGAUCUUGCUGCGGAGGACGCAAUUCUAAUAACAUUGCUUCCGUUCCAAUUACGAUGCCCUCAGUACCGAGUCCACCGAAAGUCAAAGCGAAGGGUUGUUGCUCUUCCAGUAACGACUCCCCCAAACUCAACCAGAAGAACGAUAAUGUCCCGGCCAACGACAUAGCGACGUCCAACAGCAUGAUGAUGUCGCCUUUUCCAACACCCAUCAUGAUGCCCAAUGGCAUGUACGCCUACUACCCUCAGCCGACUGUGUUCACGUACCCACCUCAGUAUGGUUCAUACUUGCAGCCUCUUCAGCCGGAGCAAUGGAGACAAGUAAUGGCCGCGAUGACUUUUGCUGGUCAAGGGGGCAUGCCUUCACCCUUCGGAAUGCCUGGUGCAACACCGUUUCCCGCCCCUACUGCCCCUCAAACUCCCCAUUCGGCGACGGGCACUUCUCACCAGUGUAGCUGUGGUGCCUCGUGCGAGUGUGUAGGUUGCGCGGCCCAUCCGUAUAAUGAAGCGACGCAGAACUAUGUUCGAUCGGCCUGGCAGAGCAUGAUGGAUACCGGUUACACCCAUGUGAACGGGCACGGAAAUGGUGAAACGCCUACAACAAAUGGCCACAGCGUUACCGCAAGCAAGGCUUCUGUACCUCCUCCUAUCGGCUCUACUGACGGGACUGUAUCGCCAGUCGCCCCACAAACCCCCUCUGAAGCGGCGUCAGGCAUUAGCGAAGAGCAAGCACUGUCGGCGAAUGAUUUCUUCUUUUCUCAAAGCGUCGAAAUGGACCGCAGUAACCGGGUUAGAGAGAGGUCGCCGCACCGUGACUACAAUUAUAGGAGAAGCCAGGACCGCGACAACACUUCAUAUAAAAAUACGCGCUCACGAUCACGAUCACCUGAUAACAAACGAUCUAAAACAUCAUCUUAUCGACACGAUAGACAUCACUCUGAGCCUAGUGGCCGUCUCUCGUCUCCCAAACAUCAUCAUCGCCAUCAUUCAUCACACAAAUCCCGGGAUCAUGCAAGUCGCAAGCCUGAAGCUGUGGUUAACCUACCCUUCGAGGCGCGGCCCUUAUCAAAAGCCGAUCUGCCUUCGUUCAAGCCACUAUUUGGUGAAUAUCUAAGUCUUCAGAAGCAGAAGAAUAUCACAGAAAUGGACGAUCAUGAAGUCAGAGGGCGAUGGAAGAGCUUCAUUGGGAAGUGGAACCGAAAGGAGUUGGCAGAAGGAUGGUACGACCCUGAGACAUUUGCACGAAUUGCAUCGAAUAACCCAGUUGCGCCUCAAGUAAGACGUGCUUCUGUGCAUCGGGAUGAAGCGCGAGAGCCCAUGAACAACAGAGAAGAUCGUGAGAGCGAGGAUGAUGAAGAUGAUUAUGGCCCUCCACUUCCUGGUUCGGAUCAUACACGGCGGUCUGGACCAGGCAUCCCCACACUUCAGGAUCUAUCAUUACGAGCUGAGCUUGCCGAGGAAGACAAGCAAGCGUCUAUUGCGGACCUGCGUGAAGCGCGCAAAGCUGAUCGGGUUCUGCAGAAAGAGCGUCUCGAAGAUUUGGUCCCUCGUGCUGAGGCCGGGACUCGUGAGCGCAUGUUGGAGAAGCGAGCAGCAGUGGCGGACAAGAUGCGCUCGUUCCGCGACAAGAGCCCUGAUGCUAUGGAAGUCAAAGACGAGAGAGAACUCAUGGGCGACGGAGACUCAUUGGAUGAGUACAAGAAAGCCAAGGAAAGUGAGCAACGCCGCAAGACGGAGAGGGAAAUCCGCAGAGAGGAGAUCGAAAGGGCCAAAAGGGAAGAGGUGGAAGAGAAGAAGAGAGCAUGGAGGGAAAGGGAAGAAGGGACCGUGAGCAUGUUGAGGGAAUUGGCACGUCAGCGAUUCGGAUAG